AUGACAUCAAGCCAGAAGACGAAGCUCUGUGCUCGCGGUCCUCGGCGCUCCAAGCUCGCUCUUGCUUUUGCUUCUUUCGACCACCCGAAACCUCAGGCAGCGUCGGUACAAGUGGGCCUCGCCGGCCUGACGGUAGAAACAAUCUUCCUCGAAGCAACCUCCAAUACGCGCGUAUCCGGGGGGUGGCUCGUCCGUGCCAGGUUUCGGGGCGGUGCGUUUGCGCGGGCACUGCUGGUUAGCUUCGACAGUCACAGUGCAGCAGCGGAAGUCGAGUCGUGGGAAGGCGAUGAUAAGGUUACAGGAGCCGGGCUACUCUCCUGGGUGCGUGUUGACCGGAAAUCGUGGUGGGAGUUGGCGAUCGUCGGACGGUCGGUGACAAGGGCGCGCAAAAGAGAGCUGGUUGACGGGAAGCGGGCACGAGCCAGCACAGCCGUUGUGUUCGUUGGCCCACACGCCGAGCUGGAGGCGCCGCCCGUCGGUGGCGGAGCAUCAAUGUUCCGACCAACCAUUAAACCUGGGGGCCUGGCGCCUCACGAACAGCUAGCAUCUCAGUGCUCACAGUGCUUCGUGGCUGGAACACCACGAAGAUGA